CAGCGCGGGCGUCCCGGUCACCAACGCCAUGGACGAGCCGCGCGCCGCCGCCCGCCUGCGCCUGGUGCUGGGCCACCUCGGUCGCCCCGCGGCCGGCACCAGCGCCGUCGCUCACCCCACCUCAGGGGGUGUGUAUCCGGCCACUUCCCAUCCUCAAAAAUUCCAGUACACGCACGACAACAACUUGCUGAGCCUGGAGCAGAGGAAAUUCUAUGAAGAAAAUGGCUUUCUUGUCAUUAAAAAGCUGGUGUCUGACGAGAACAUCGAACGCUACAGGAAGGAGUUUGAGCGGAUCUGCAGGAAGGAGGUGAAGCCCCUCGGGCUGAUGGUCAUGAAGGACGUGAGCAUCGCCAAGACGGUCAAGGACUCCAACGAGCGGGUGGUGACCAAGGUGCAGGACUUCCAGGAGGAUGAGGAGCUCUUCAGCUACUGCAAGCUGCCGGAGAUUCUGAAAUAUGUGGAGUGUUUCACCGGCCCCAAUAUCAUGGCCAUGCACACGAUGCUGAUCAACAAGCCGCCGGACACGGGCAAGAAGACCUCCCGGCACCCGCUGCACCAGGACCUGCACUAUUUCCCCUUCCGACCCAGUGACAACAUCGUCUGUGCCUGGACAGCGAUGGAGCACAUUGACCGCAACAAUGGCUGCCUGGUGGUGAUCCCCGGCACGCACAAGGGUACCCUGCUGCCGCACGGCUACCCAAAAUGGGAGGGGGGCGUGAACAUAAUGUUCCACGGCAUUCAGGACUACGAUGAGAACAACCAGCGGGUGCACCUUGUGAUGGAGAAGGGGGACACGGUCUUCUUCCACCCACUGCUCAUCCACGGGUCUGGCCGGAACAAGACCCAGGGCUUCCGGAAGGCCAUCUCCUGCCACUAUGCCAGCGCUGACUGCCAGUACAUCGACGUGAAGGGCACCACCCAGGAGAACAUCGAGAAGGAGAUCGUGGACAUUGCGGAUAAGAUGCUGGGCCUUGAAGGGAAGCUCGACCUGAAGGAUGUCUGGCAGUUCCGAGCACGGCUUGUGAAGGGAGAGAGGAACAACCUGUGAGAGAACCCUUCGCCGCUGCCCUUUCUGAGACCCCAAGGAAACGGGACUCUCUGAAGAUGGUUUCCUCACGAGGCUGUGGGGAUCGUGGCUGGUGCCUGCUAACACAAUCAAAGUGUGGAUGCUGGGUCCGUGGGCAUGCGGGUGAUUUUGCCGCUUAAUUUACAGUGAGUUGCGCAGAUGCAGAGAUGGUGAGCUUGCAGUGUUACUAAGAGAACAGACUUAGGUCACCACUAAUAAAGCCAAUGGAUGUCUAACUAAA